GACUGAGGAGAUUGAAAACUUUGACAAACUCUUCCGAAAAGCCGCUUUAAAGUUUAGUAAAGUUUCCCUCCGUGAUGCGCGGGCGUGUUUAAAUCGGACUGGCCGUGUGACAGAUGUGGACUGGCUGUUAGUGCUGGAUGGAGUCGGGGUUCGGAGUCCAGCGGAGGGCCGGUGGUGGCUCGCCCGCUGUGGGAGCGUCGCAGCGCCGCAGAAAGAUGCCGCCGAGAGUCGCUGAUUAUAAACUGCAGGUGAUCAUCAUCGGCUCCCGCGGAGUGGGAAAGACCAGCCUUAUGGAGAGAUUCACGGAUGACACCUUCUGCGAGGCGUGCAAGUCCACUGUGGGUGUGGAUUUUAAAAUCAAAACGGUGGAGCUGAGAGGAAAGAAGAUCAGGUUACAGAUCUGGGACACAGCAGGUCAGGAGAGGUUUAACAGCAUCACUUCAGCGUAUUACCGCGGUGCGAAAGGCAUCGUGCUGGUCUAUGACAUCACCAAACAGGAAACCUUUGAUGACCUGCCUAAAUGGAUGAAAAUGAUAGACAAGUACGCAUCAGAGGAUGCUGAGCUCCUUUUGGUUGGGAACAAACUGGACUGUGAGUCUGAUCGUGCCAUCUCACGACAACAAGCAGAGAGGUUUGCUUCACGGAUAUCAGGGAUGCGUUUCUGUGAAGCCAGUGCCAAGGAUAACUUUAAUGUGGAUGAGAUAUUCCUUAAACUAGUUGAUGACAUUUUGAGUAAGAUGCCUCUUGAAGUCCCCAGUAAGGAGCUGUCCAACAGCGUCCUGUCCCUUCAGCCCGAACCUGAAAUCCCACCAGAGCUGCCUCCGCCUCGCAUGCGCUGCUGUUGAGACUCGGUUCGCGCUUUAUUUAGAAACCCAACACCACCUUCCCUCUUAUAACCCAACACAUGCUGUUACAGACUCCCGCCACCAGGGGCGAAAUGCCCAUCUCAUGAGACUCCAGUCCAUACGGAUGAUGAGAUGACGAGAUGAAGGCCUGUCAUUGCCAGAGAAGAUGAAAGAUAAAACGCUCAAUAUCGCAUAUAAUCAUCCCUCACAAACCAUAGACUGUGCAAUUUAACAAACUCCCUGUUUUGGUACCUAUAGAUGCCAAUAAAGAACAUUCGUAUCAUUACUCACACACACUUAGAUGCAUUUAUUUUUGACGGCCCAUACAUACACUACCUCAUUUCUGGGAAGCACAGGAUUGCGUUUGUCCAACAUGUGCCUUCCUGAUUGGAAAACCGCUGCACACGCAUCACAUGCAUGAAAUGAGUGCAAACAUAUGUCAUAAUCCAUCAAAUCCUAUUUAUAUGUAGUUUACAUCCUCAUAUAUUGUCAGUAGAAACAACAAACUACUAUUCCUACCGGAUGACGGAUACUAAACCUAUUUCAAGCACACAUUAGGCUGAUUUCUUAUGGAAAACAUUCACGGUCUCAAAUUAGAAAGCUUUUUUCCAAAUUGGUUUGGCAUUAAAAGCGAAGUGGAUGUACAUUUCAUGCCAAGCGUAAUUCAUUUCUGUCAGCUGUGUGUGUGUACGAGGUGGUUCGUUCGGCUCAUUAUUAAUGGCCAGCGUGGUUGGGUUGUCUUUAUGCCUUACGUUCUAUCAGUGUUAAUGUUUUCGAGGUGGAUUUUGUGUUUUCCGUCGUGUUUUGCACUACAAUCCAUUCGUAGCUAGUUUACAAAAUGCUGAAAUGCUGAAGGUUAGUGAAGGACCUGUGUACAGAAGAUUAACCUUAUCAUUUAGCAGCAGAGUUUUGUUGCUUCCUAGUUCUCUUUCAGUGUCAUUUAACUCGAGUAGAAUAAAGGAAGGUCGAUAACCGGGUGUUGCACAAAUUGAGUUCAUUGUUUCAUUCGCUGGAUCUGGAUUGCGGAACUGAAAUGCUCUCGCCGAAAGGGCUAUUUUCUCUGUGGAGAGCAGAUUGAGAAACAGGACGUUGGUUUUGAUACUUGGUACACCUUUGGUUAACAUCACCAUGCUUCUGUGUUCCUGGGCAAACCACUGACUCCAUUGGAUUUACAGCGAAUUGAAUUAUUUGCCUGCAUUAGAUGAAGAACCGUAGUAAUGAUGUAGUAGUUAAUAGCAAAACUUUUACAAAAGGUGUUUGAUGGGAACGGCUAUUUCGGCUGAACCAGAUAUGCAGUAGCAACAGGUGUUUGUGUGAGUUUAUGGGAAUGUCAUGCAUUUUUCAUAUAAACUGUCUUUGAAUAUAGAGGACUGACAGUGUUACUGUGCGUCUGGAACGUCAUCAAACAAAAAAAAAAAAACUGUUUUAU